UUCCCGCCACGAGUCCCUUAUCCACCGGCGGGCGGCGGCCAACUUCCCACCCCCCAAACCUCACCGCCGCUCGAUCCCAUCCACCGCCCAUGGCCGCCGCCGCCGAUGACCUCGCGCGCCGCCUCGCCGCGUUCAUACCGCUCCCGCAGCCGCCGCAGAAGGAGCAGCUCUCCGGCGUGGCCGCGGCGGUGCUCGACGCCGGCGGCCGCCUCGGACGCGCUGUGGGCGACGUGUUCCGACGCCUGCGCAUCGACGAAGGCCUCGACGUCGCCUUGGCGCAGCGGCACCGCAGGAACGGGGGUUCCAGGAUCGCCGCCGCCGCCGCCGCCGUUGAUGCGCGGGUCAGCAAGGACAGCGGCGGCGGCGGCGUCGCCGGGCACGAUCCGGUCGGCGUCUCCGGCCGGUUCGCGCGGUCGCAGGGGAGCAUGAACCUGUCGGCGACGUACGACAGCCGGACGAGCGACGUGGAGAGCUCGGUGGUGGCGAGGGGGGACCUGUGGCGCGCCGAGGCGUCGCACAGCAGCGCCGCCGCGGCCGCGCCGCCGCUGUUCAUGGUGCAGCUCGGCCCGGUGCUGUUCGUGCGCGACACCACGCUGCUGUUCCCGGUGCACCUGUCCAAGCGCCAUCUCAUCUGGUACGGCUUCGAGCGCAAGAAUGGUGUGCAUUCAGUCUGUCCUGCUUACUGGUCAGCUCACAGAAGAUGGUUCUUCAUGUCAAUGAUUUGCCUAAAUCCUUUUACUUGUUCAUUCAUGGACAUGCAAUUUCCAAAUGGACAACUAAGAUAUGUAGCCGGCGAUGGGUUCACUACUCGCGCAUUUCUUCCUCUAUGUCGCGGGAUCUUUCAAGCCCAUGCGAAAUUCCCAGGAGAGAAGAAGUUUAGUUACUCAUUCAAGAACAGGAGUGGAGGAAGCAUCACUCCAAUGGUGCAGUGGCCAGAUAAGUCUUUCUCACUGGGGACUAUCCAAACACUGUCAUGGAAGAGAUGUGGCCUUAUGUUGCAACCAGCCCUGCAAUUCAGCAUAUGCCCUACUUUCGGUGGAAGCCGUCCGGGUUUGUCCAUGGAGUUGAUCCAUUCGGUGAAUGAGAAUGCUGGUGUUGUUUGUGGCUACUCUCACACUGCUUCUCCUUCUGCCUAUGCGUCUAUAUCGAUUGGGAGAUCAAAGUUGAACGGGAGUGCAGCAAGUUCAGGGUUAGUGUUGAGAGUUGACGCUCCCCUCCAUAGCUUUGGCCGGCCCUGGUUCUCUAUUCAGAUGAACAGCGGUCUGGAGUUCUGAACUUCUGGUUGUUCAGUGUUUUUCUUCAAACUGAACAAUGCAGAAAGUAUUACAUUGAAGAAACACUUGUAUAGACAGUCAAAUGUUGCAGGAACCGAUUGCUUCUUUGUUGGUGAUCGGUGGAAUGCCAGAUCUCCUAGCCAAAAUUUACAAAACAAAAUUUGUGGACAGUGAUGUGUGUAUAUAUGUGUGUCAGAAAGUAUAUAUAUUUUUUAAUAAUGAAAUUCAUUUCGACCUUUGCUUC